GCUAAGAAGGGGCACGGAAAAUCAGCGUGCAAAUCGGAAGAUGGGGAACAAAAUUUGAAGGCAUGGAUGGCCAAGAAUUUUGGGAGCUCUCUCAGAAAGAUCUCUGAGAAACUCGACGUUGUGGACAAGAAGACAAAGGCUGCCGACAUGGAGUGGGAGAAACUAGUCAAGAAGGUGCUUGAGAUUGAAGGUAGGAAUGUGAAGGUGGAGUCAAAUAGUAACGAGAAGAGGAAGCGCGUGGUGGGCAUCAACUCAACAUCCAUUGAGCGAUCGAGGUCCAGGUCGAGAUCCCGGAGUGGCGGGAUUAAAAUCAGGCAACCCAGGAUUGAAGUCUCAUCGGACGAUGAAGAAACCAAGAAAGUUGGAAAAGGCGCCGCGAAGUGCAGCAACCCAAGUGAAGUGAAGCUGGAAGAUGUCAUGAAGAUAAUAUCUGUCAUCGCGAGUAGGGGACAAGGGGAGAACCCCGUCGCCAACACGAACGCGCCAGCGACUGAUCGGGGGAAACGCAGCACUACCGAGAACAAGAGUGAGGGCACCUCGAGUGCCGAAUCUGAUGAUGAGAGGGACAAGCUGAAGGUCAACCGCGGAUGCAAGGGGAAAGAAGAUAAGACUGAGGCCGGGAUCGUAGAAUACAUGAGACAGCGGUUGGAUCACUACAUGGAGAUGAAUGGGAAGAAGGUGAAGAGUCUGUGUGUGAAAAGAGAUAUCAAGUGGGUGCGGAAGGAUAAGUGCACCUGGGAAUUGGCCAAACAAGACACCGACGAGUUCUCUAAACUCGUGCAUGGAGACAGUGAACAUGAAGAGGAUCCUGAACCAGAUGGCGAGGAAGACGGUGAUCCGAGCUCCGAUGUCAACGCCGACAAUGAAGACGUCGCUGGGCAAUGCGUGCUGUGCUACGCCUCCUCGGAUGGAUUAGUGGGAAGAUCUCUUCUCUCCACGGUCAGAUUAGACUUCUAUUUGAAGAUGCGUUUCGAUUCGGUACUCUAUUUGCCUGUUUCGCAGGGUUCCUUAGAUGGGGGAACACGUAUCGCAAAUUCAGGGACCAGAUAGAGUUAACCGAUUUUCCUGAUACACGUAAAUGUGCGUCGUGUAUCUAUAUUUUGAUUUCGCCCUUUUGUAAGCAGGUGUAUGUUGGACAGACCGGUCGAGCUCUGCACGACCGGUGGCUGGAGCACGUACGUGCCGCUGAGGAUCCUACGUGCAGGGUGCACAGAUGGCUUAAAAAGCAGGGUACACAUCGUUACACUGCAAUCCCGAUACAGUUCUGCGUGAAGAGUGAUCUGAAAAGAAUUGAGGAGAAAGUAAUUCGGGAUGAGAACCCUGGUCUGAACAGUAGGAAGGUUAAUCCAAGGGCGCACCCGCGAAAAGCCGGAAGCAGAAGAAGUCUCCACCGAGUCCUGUUGAAUGGACCCCUAUCUCUUUCUCCUAUGGAUCCUCAAAUGACAAGACUUUUGAUUUACUAAAAUUGCUUAAUUACUCCGUAGGAAAACAUCGCCCCACAAAAAUUGUAAGUUUUCAGGGUAAUCGAUGGAUGACUUCUUGGAGACUGAUUAAGCUUGUUUUUGGCGAAUCAAAGUUCGCGGAUGAG